UCCUCUCAGACUGAAGAUGAGUGGUUAUGAGGAGGUAGAGGACAGAGCAGAGUCUCCGGGGUUCAGCUGUCUGUCUCUGAAGAGUGACUGGUCCAUGGAACCUCCUCUACUCUUCAGUAAUGAACCUGGACCCUCACACACAAAAGGUCAGGACCACAGACUGAGAGCAGAGUCUCCAGGGUCCAGCUGUCUGUCUCUGAAGGGUGACAUGUCCAGAAAAAAUCCUCUAAACUUCAGUAAUGAACCUGGACCCUCACACACAGAGGAGAGGAAGAUGAGUCAUGUUCCUGAGGAGGAGCAGUCGUCCUGCUGUGCUUCGUGUCAGGACGUCCUGAAGGAUCCAGUCUCCACCAGCUGUGGACACUGGUUCUGCAGACAGUGCAUCACCUCAUACUGGGACCAGUUUGGUUCUUCAGGAGACUCCUCCUGUCCCCAGUGCGGAAAAAGAUCCAGAACAGGAGCUGGAGGUCAGACAGCCGGUCAGAGCAGCACUGUACAAGCAGAUCCUGGUCUGCAGGAGGUUUCAGAUGAACAUAAGCUCAGUGUGAGGAGGAGAUGUGAACAUGUGACUGAAGGAAGUGAUGAAACGGGAAGUAGAACCCUCCUCAACAGGAUCUACACUGAGCUCCACAUCACAGAGGGACAGAGUGAAGAGGUUAAUACUCAACAUGAGGUGAGGCAGCUUGAGACGGCUUCCAAGAAGAAGAUCCUCCAGGACACUCCCAUCAAGGUCCACGACAUCUUUAAAGCCUCCACUGACCAGCAGAGCAGCAUCAGAGUCGUCCUGACCAACGGCGUUGCUGGAGUUGGAAAAACCUUCUCGGUGCAGAAGUUCACUCUGGACUGGGCAGAGGGUUUAGAGAACCAGGAUGUGGGUCUGCUGGCUGUGCUUUCGUUCAGGGAGCUGAACCUGGUGAAGGACCAGCAGCACAGUCUUCUCACGCUGCUCCAUGUUUUCCAUCCAGUGUUACAGAAGCUCACGGCAGAGACGCUCGCUGUCUGUAAACCUUUGUUCAUCUUUGACGGCCUGGAUGAGAGCAGACCUUCUCUGGACUUCAACCACAGGGAGCUUGUGUCUGAGGUCACACAGAGGUCAUCAGUCAACGUGCUGCUGACAAACCUCAUCCGGGGGAAUCUGCUUCCCUCGGCUCUCGUCUGGAUAACCUCCAGACCUGCGGCGGCCAAUCAGAUCCCUCCUGCAUGUGUUGACAGGGUGACAGAAGUACGAGGCUUCACUGACGCCCAGAAGGAGGAGUACUUCAGGAGGAGAUUCAGUGAUGAAGAGCUGUGCAGCAGAAUCAUCUCACACAUCAAGACGUCCAGGAGCCUCCACAUCAUGUGUCAAAUCCCAGUCUUCUGCUGGAUCAGUGCUACAGUUCUGGAGCACAUGUUGACCACAGACCAGAGAGGAGAGCUGCCCAAGACCCUGACUGACCUGUACUCACACUUCCUGCUGGUUCAGACAAAGAGGAAGAACAACAAGUACGGUGAGGGACAUGAGUCAACUCCACAGCAGCUGACGGAGGCUGACAGGGACGUUCUCCUGAAGCUGGGGAGGCUGGCACUUAAACAUCUGGAGGAAGGAAACAUCAUGUUCUACCAAGAAGACCUGGAGCAGUGUGGUCUUAAUGUCCCAGAGGCCUCUGUGUACUCAGGAGUUUGUACUGAGAUCUUCAGAAGAGAGUGUGUGAUCUUCCAGAAAUCAGUCUACUGCUUUGUUCAUCUGAGCGUUCAGGAGUUUCUGGCUGCAGUCUACAUGUUCCACUGUUACACCGAGAUGAACGUAGAAGAACUCAACAACUUCUUGGGAACAUAUGGGGACACAGACAGUACCUUAUCCCUGGAUGACCUCCUGCAGAGAACCAUGAAGAAAUCCCUCACCAGUACAAAUGGUCACCUGGACCUGUUUGUUCGCUUCCUUCACGGCCUCAGUCUGGAGUCCAACCAGAGAGUCUUAGGACGCCUGCUGGGUCGGAGAGAGAACAAUCCAGAGAUCAUCCAGAGAGUCAUCAACAAACUGAAGGAGAUGGAGAGUGAUGACAUUUCUCCUGACAGAAGCGUCAACAUCUUCCACUGUCUAACUGAGAUGAACGACCACUCAGUUCAUCAGCAGAUGAAACAGUUCCUGACGUCAGAGAACAAAUCAAAGGAGGAACUCUCUGUCAUCCAAUGCUCAGCUCUGGCCUACAUGCUGCAGAUGUCAGAGGAGGUUCUGGAUGAGUUGGACCUGAAGAAGUUCAACACAUCAUACCAGGGUCGACUGAGACUGAUCCCAGCUGUGAGGAACUGUAGGAAGGCUCUACUCUGUGGUUGUGGACUCUCAGAGACUCACUGUGAAGUCGUGGCCUCAGCUCUGAGGUCAGACCCCUCACAUCUGAGAGAACUGGAUCUGAGUAGAAACUACCUGCAGGACUCAGGAGUGAAGCUGCUGUGUUCUGGACUGGAGAGUCCAAACUGUCGACUGGAGACUCUGAGGUUGAAGUGCUGCAGACUCUCAGAAAUCAGCUGUUAUUCUCUGGCUUCAGCUCUGAGGUCAAACCCCUCUCAUCUGAGAGAACUGGAUCUGAGUGACAACAGCCUGCAGGACUCAGGAGUGAAGGAGCUGUGUGGUUUUCUACAGAGUCCAACCUGUCGACUGGAAACUCUGAGGUUGAAGUACUGCAGACUAUCAGAGAUCAGCUGUUCUUCUCUGGCUUCAGCUCUGAGGUCAAACCCCUCUCAUCUGAGAGAACUGGAUCUGAGAGGAAACGUCCUGCAGGACUCAGCAGUGAAGGAGCUGUGUGGUUUUCUACAGAGUCCAACCUGUCGACUGGAGACUCUGGGGUUGUGGGGCUGCAGUCUGUCAGAGAUCAGCUGUUCUUCUCUGGCUUCAGCUCUGAGGUCAAACCCCUCUCAUCUGAGAGAACUGGAUCUGAGAUACAAUGACCUGCAGGACUCAGGAGUGAAGGAGCUGUGUGGAUUUCUACAGAGUCCAACCUGUCGACUGGAGACUCUGAGGUUGAAGUGGUGCAAACUGACAGAGAUCAGCUGUUCUUCUCUGGCUUCAGCUCUGAGGUCAAACCCCUCUCAUCUGAGAGAACUGGAUCUGAGAGGAAACAACCUCCAGUACUCAGGAGUGAAGGAGCUACUUGAUCUACAGCAGAAUCCAACCUGUCGACUGGAGACUCUG